AUUUACUCGAGGGCCCUAUGCUUGAGGCUGCGCUGGCACGCUUAGAUGCUGACGGAUGGAACAUGGUAAUUCCCAUAUCUUGAUACUAGAAGCCUCCUAACGAAUCAGGACCAUAAAGUUCGUCCGACUACUAUAUUACGUAUGCGUUACCAGCUCGCUAUUUUUAAAGAAGAAACACUGGAGUUGUCGAGAAGUGAGCCUGGGCCUGAGGUUGUACAGAAGCUAGGGUAUGUCAUCCCGGAUGAAUGUCCUAUCCUUCGACUAAAUACUUCAGCAACAUUCGAGAGAACGCCCGACUUGCCUGGGCUAAGCUUCCUAAGCACCUUCAUUAUACUGAUACCAUCUGGGAGACGAAUGACGUGUCAAAUGCCAACCUAACUCUUCUUGUGUGCUAUCUGAAUUUCGUCUACAACGAAUUUAUGAUACUAAGAAUUUUGACCAAGAACGUAGGCAUCAGUAAUGUAGAAUUGCUUCAGUUGGCGAUGAAAAUCCUAUCUGAACUCACUACGGUCACGAAGAAGAGAAACUAUGUAAAUUCAGAAGGCAAUGUCCUUUCUCGUGACUUUCCAUGGCUUUUACUCAGCUUCGGUCUUCCCGUCGCUGGGGUGCUCACUACAGAGCUCCGAAACUGCACAAUCUCAAAUACUCCACUCGACAAAUCUAUACCUCGGUCUACCUUGAUACGAAAUUUAUCCGUGCUCAUUGGAUGUCUAGAGUGGCUCCCGGAACCUCACAAGUACUAUUCUCUGUGCAAGGACGCUAGUGAAAAACUCGGCUCGAUGCUUGAUGAGGCUCUAGACUACGAGCACCAACAUACGUAUGUAAGGCCCAACACUGAUGACGUUGCAAUGGACCUGCAGGAUCAAAAUUUGGCCAUGACAGGAAUCGAUCCAAACCUGCCAAUGGACAGCGAGGCUUUCUUGGCCUGGCUUGAGAGUGUUGACUGGAAUACAGCGAUGCCGACACUAUGAGUACCAUCACCCGGCCCUGGCUUUGUCUACUUGUCCAGAUCGAUCUUGGAUCGUACCGACAAUGUGACACGUGUGUCAAUAUCCGCCCUCGUAGCUUCAUAAGACGAGGAGUGGAGAUUACUGGCCUGGCAUGAAAGAAAUUGAAGCUUCUCGCUGAUGCACAUACUCCUAUGUAAUUGG